CACCUCUUGCCUCUUAUUCUCAUUCCCACUCUAAUUGUCAAGUUGUUUUGAUAUAUAUCAUAGUUCAUUGUUUAUAAAUACAAAAAUUUUUUUUAAAUUUAUUCUAAAAUGGGUAUGAAAGAAAUUAAUACAUGGGUUUUAAUACGAAGAUACGAUAAAUUAGAAUCUGAUACCGCAAAACUCCAAACAAGUUUACAAAAAUUGACACUAAGUCAUGACAUGAUUUCCGAUGAAUUAAAAUCAUUGAUCUGUAGAUCUAUUGAUGUCGAUGAUGAUGGUUCAAGAGUAUUUAAAAUUCGACGAUUUGACAAUAAUCUCAUACCUUUGUCAACUUUACUGAAUGGAUCAUCGCCAGAAAGACCAUUUAUUAUUGACGUGGUUGAAGUUCAUCAAUAUUGCCCAGUUGAAACACGUACAAUUUUACCAAGCUACAUCGAUGCAUUACAAGCUAAAUUUAAAGAUUUAGAAAAAAGAGUAAAACUAGCGGAAACAGCAUUACCAAAUUUAAACGAUAAUCAUGUUAAAUCUGUUGAAGAUGCGGCAACUCAAUUAUCAACUUGUCUUCAUUUUCUUGAUCGUCGCCUCGAUGAACUUAUUCCCGCUUCAUGGCAAUCACAAAUCAAUUCUUCAGCUUAAAAAAGAAAGUAUUUAUAACUGAAUGAGACAUGACAAUGUUAAGGCGUGAAUAUGCACUUUUAAAAAUUUUUUUUUUUUUUAACUACAAAGUAAAUUAUGAAAAAUUAUUAUUA